AUGAUUACCGUCAAGAAGGACUCAGAGGUGAUGACCAACUAUGUGGCCGCCAACCCUGUCCCCGCUGGCGAGAACUUUGGCGUCUUCCACGAUCAGCAAUGGCAGCCCGCCGUAUUCGCCCUGGGAGAAGACCACAUUCUGAGUCUGAUCAUCACCGUAGAUCGUGAGCCCAAGAAGUAUGACUUUGCUAAGAUCUCAGGUCUUUUCUCGCAGGAGGUCGAGGUGCAGGCAUUUGCUGUCUUACAGGCCCCGGACUCGAGUCUCGAUAUCUGCAUCGCCACCAAGGCAAGCGAUACAACUUCGAAUUUCUAUCUCCUGCACCACAUCACCCUGGACGAGAUCCCAGGCACGGUGCCAUCGGCGAAGGUGAUUCAAGGGGUUUUCCCGACAGUGGAUCAUAUUUACAUGGGGCACAAAUCGAGCGACUCGGACCAAACCCUGCCUCUGGUGAUGGUGGCCUUCCAACGACCGGACCGGUUGACCAAGACAGAGGAUCUUAACUACGUCAAGGUCGAGGGUAAGAAGGCAACCCUAGUGACAGAAUGGAGCCUACCGGUCAACCCGGAGAAGAUCCUUGAUGUAACGCUGGUCACCUGCCCACUGGGAGAGGGUGUCAUGGUGCUCUACGAAGGGUUUUCAGGGGGCAUGUUUCUCGUUUUCAAGGUGCUGGCCACUGACGACGGUAGCGAUCCGGGGUUCGCCGUUCAGGUACCCUGUCCAGACGGGGCGAGCUGCCUGGCUUCUUUCCUGGACCCGGCCAAACUCUCGACGGUCGUGUUGGUGGGCGGGAAGGAGAUCACCGCGUUGACAUCCAAGGAAUACAUGUCGUCCAAACACGGAUCUGGCACGGUGAUAGACAGUUUGAAAAACAUCAGUGACCUCAAGGAUUUGCAUGUUUCGCAGACGGGUGAGGACCUCCGGCUCUGGUAUACCACCGCGGCCGAUGCAGUCUACUACUACACCACCACCACCACGGCUCUCUCCGAGGGCGUGGUCAUUCCCCUCCUUGCAGAGGGCCUCGGAGGCCGGAUCUCCAGUCUUCUGACAAGCCCGCCCGCUGACGGAGUUAGCAAGCUUCUGGUCAGCAGUCUUCUGUCAGUGGACGAGCACGGGAACCUCUCGCUCUUACAGCAGGACCCUACCUCUCAGGCAUGGCAGCAGUACCCGUACUGGCACGCUUCGGUCGAGACGAUCACGGAAGUGAAAGGAUUAAUGGUUCGACUGCAUACGAUGGUGGCAAAUGACGGCGAUGGCGACUCGGCGGACCAUCUCCCAGGGUGCUGGCUACGCGUGAGCUGUUCCGGCGUGGUCCGGUGUAUUGUGAAUGGUCGUCAUACUACACUCUCGCCCGCCGCGCAGUGGUAUCAGACGGAUGCCAAGGGCGUCUUGAAUAUUCUUCUGCAGACUGACGACGCAACAAUCCACCAGUUCGCCGCAGACGCGUACCGUCCCGCGCAGAAACCGUCGCAGUCGUUGUCGGCAUCCGCGGGAGAACGAACCCUGACCGAUCCCCUCCUGGAUCCCUCGCACAAGAUCAUCCCCAAGAUCAGGGGGAUCAAAACCGCGGACCAGGUCGUGAAUCUCAAAAAGGCAGAUGGAAGCCCGCUAUUCGAAACAGCCCCCAAGGAUCCCGGCCACGUUGCCGAUAUCUUUCAGCAGCUUGUCGCCAGUGCGGACGCUCUUCAGGAGAAGAAUAAGCAACAGCUGCAGACAUACCAUGCAACGGUUACCUCGCCCACAAGCGGCUCCACGGUUGUCCCUUACGGGUUCUGGACCGAUGUAGGGGAUGCCUUUUCCGGAGCGUGGCAUUGGCUCACUGAUGUUGCGGAAGAUGUCUGGGAAUGGACUUGUCAUAUUGUCGAUGACGUUUGGACCUUCAUCGUCAAGAUCGGCAAGGAAGUUUUCCAAAUUGCCCUAGACACUAUCACGUCCAUUGUGAAGGGCAUUAUCUGGGUCUUCAAGAAGAUUGGCGCUUUGAUCGAGGACAUCAUCGAGCUCAUCAGCUUCUUGUUCGAAUGGGACGAUAUCCUCGCGACGACCGACAGCGUUGCCGCCGGAUUCAACGCGGCCCUGGAAUACGGCAAAGAGGCGCUGGAUGCAGCAGACCUCGACGCGCACCAGUGGCUAGAGAACGUCCGCGCGACGAUCCUGCAGAAUCUCACCUCCCUUCAGGCUAAUGACUAUGACGGCGCGCGAGUGGGCAAGUCCACGACGGGAGUGGCCCGUACGACCGCCAGCGGAGAUGCCGACGAGGAUGAAGUCAAGGCAGGAGUGACCUAUAACUGGUCUACCUACUACUUUACCUACGGCGGCGGACCGACAAAUGCGGUGCUGCAUGACGAUAAGACCACUACUACCAUCGCGACGGCAGCAGGUACUAGCGAGGAUCAGCUGGUGAAGCUGUGGCAGGAUGUCCAGGAGGAGGUGCAGAUCAUCUUGAAGACAGUGACGGCCGUGGCCAAAGAUUUGGUCGAGUUCUUCAACCCGGCCAGCUUCAGCGCGCAGGAGGUGAUGGGAAAGGUGGGCGAGGAUCUCAUCAACGGGAUGAUAGACGCGCUGAAGAAGCUGGCGGAUAUUCUGUUCGACGCCCUCAAACUGGGCAUCGACCUCGUCCAGGACCUCGCGAACAAGGAGAUUGACAUCCCCGUAAUCACAUGGCUUUGGAAGAAUGUCAUCGCCCGGGGCCGACCCCUGACGCUGCUGAACUUCUGCGCGUUGUUGAUCGCGGUGCCGACAACGGUACUGUAUAAGGCCACGAAAAAGCAGGCACCGCCGAAGCUCAAAGGACGGUUGACGCAGAGCACGUUUGGCCAGUACGUCAAGGGCCAGGGGGAGGCGUCGCUCGCGUCCGAUAUCCGGGCGUUCAGUCUGGCUGCAGGCUCGGGGGUGCUUUUGGUGGGCAGCGAGUUCGACAUGCUUUCGCUAGGGAUCGACGGCGCCUUCGAAGGCCUAGGGCUCGAAACAAUCCCGUUUGGCCCGGUGGAUAGCAUUAUGAAUGUCUUGGACUCGGCUUCCUUGACCUUUUCCACGGUGAAUGGAUUUACAACUUGGCCUGUGGCGAAGACGGCAGCGGCCUCAGGCGACUCCGCUGGGAUGACCACCGCGUCGGUAGAUACCAGGGAUGCCAUCAAAUAUGCGGGCUGGGCCCUCGCCGGCGCCGACUUCGCGUCCAGCACCGUCAUCAAGAUCGUAAGCAAGAAGAAGAAGCUGGAACGGCCGGUGGUCAAACGAUGGAAGGGAACCGUCGCUGCCGUCCUGUCGGUUCCGUCUCUCUGCCUUGGACUUACGGGGGAUAUUAUGGAUGCCAGCGAAGCUAGCAAGAACGAGGUCCUGAUUGUGAACGGAUUCAUCGAGACGAUCGCCGGGUUCGCCGCCACCUGGGGCCAGUCAGUGGCACGCUGGAACAACGAGCUCGAGAACUAUCUCAUGUACAUUGGGUUGGCCGUGUAUCAAGUCUGCACGCUGCUCAAGUACGGGCUUAAGUUGGAGGAUUUCGCGAUUGAGCAGCUGGAUUGA